UGGAGAAAGAGGACCGGCGGGCGCAGAAGCAUCUUCCCUGGCUUCGAGGGUUUUCUCCUCCCUUUGGAGCCCGAGUGUGAGAGGAAAUCUGGGGCUUUGCACUUCUGCAAGGCGCUCUCGGCGUGAGAUUUUUGGCUCCCCGCGAUCCAGAAGUCCUAAGCGUCUGGAUGCAUUUUCCUGGGCUUUGCAAAAGAAGAGUCGUGAACUUCCCCACCCGAGAGACGGAUUAUUAAUCCUGCUUUGCAGGAGAGGAAACCCCUCCAUGCCGGGCCAUUGAGCACCUCUUUCCCGAGACUGCAAUCGCCAGGCGCUCCGAGCCGGAAGGGGACGCUUUGGGAAUGACCAUGCUUCAAGGAGGGACAGAGCCGGCCCCCAGCUUCUCAAUACAGAGCCUUCUCCACUGAAGCUUCCCAAACCCAAAACCUUAAUUGCCUGAAGAAUCAUUAGGAAAAAAAAAAAAAAACCAACAAAAACCACCAACCAAGCUAGCCCAGCUGCUAACCUCAGGAGCCGCGGGCAUGAAUGCUCUGGAUUCUGCAUUGUGAGCUCCUCUCCAGACCCCGAAUUACCUUUGAAUUCAGUAUCUCUGUAUUUCCCCCUUUGAAUUUGCAUCUCUUCAAGACACAAGAUUCCAGCCCGAUUCAAGCCAAACUGGAUUUUAAAUGAUCUUCCUUUCAUCCACCCUCCGUCUUUCUUAUGUGGAUAUGCCGGCAAGCUGCGGAGACUGGCCAACCCCAACAUGCUCGCUCCCUUAAUCCAGCCGGCUAGAGGUUUGGCUUCUACAGACCAAGGGAGUCGACGAGUCGAAGAUGAAGCUGUGGGCAGAGUGCUGUUCUCCCAAGUUCUGGUUGGUGCUGGCUGCCCUGGUCGUGACCGGCAGCCGAGCCCGCUCCCAGAAGAGCUCCCCAAGCAUCGGCAUUGCUGUCAUCCUCGUGGGCACUUCCGACGAGGUGGCCAUCAAGGAUGCCCACGACAAAGAUGAUUUCCACCAUCUCUCCGUGGUGCCCCGGGUGGAGCUGGUCGCCAUGAAUGAGACCGACCCCAAGAGCAUCAUCACCCGCAUCUGCGACCUCAUGUCGGACCGCAAGGUCCAGGGCGUGGUGUUUGCCGAUGACACAGACCAAGAGGCCAUCGCCCAGAUCCUUGACUUCAUCUCUGCACAGACCCUCACCCCCAUCCUGGGCAUCCACGGGGGCUCCUCUAUGAUCAUGGCAGACAAGGACGAGUCUUCCAUGUUCUUCCAGUUUGGCCCCUCCAUUGAACAGCAAGCGUCUGUCAUGCUCAAUAUCAUGGAAGAGUAUGACUGGUACAUCUUUUCCAUCGUCACCACCUACUUCCCCGGCUACCAGGACUUUGUCAACAAGAUCCGUAGCACCAUCGAGAAUAGCUUUGUGGGUUGGGAGCUGGAGGAAGUCCUCCUGCUGGACAUGUCCUUGGAUGAUGGAGACUCGAAGAUCCAGAAUCAGCUCAAGAAACUGCAAAGCCCCAUCAUUCUCCUUUACUGUACCAAGGAGGAGGCCACCUACAUCUUUGAGGUGGCCAACUCCGUCGGGCUGACAGGCUAUGGCUACACGUGGAUCGUGCCCAGUCUGGUGGCAGGAGAUACAGACACUGUGCCCUCCGAGUUCCCCACGGGGCUCAUCUCUGUGUCCUAUGACGAAUGGGACUAUGGUCUCUCUGCCAGGGUGCGGGAUGGGAUCGCCAUCAUUACCAGUGCAGCCUCAGACAUGCUGUCUGAGCACAGCUUCAUCCCUGAACCCAAGAGUAGCUGCUACAACACCCAUGAGAAGCGAAUCUACCAGUCCAACAUGCUGAAUCGGUAUCUGAUCAAUGUCACGUUUGAGGGGAGGAACCUGUCCUUCAGUGAAGACGGCUACCAGAUGCACCCAAAGCUGGUGAUCAUCCUCCUCAACAAGGAGAGGAAGUGGGAGCGGGUGGGCAAGUGGAAAGACAAGUCGCUGCAGAUGAAGUACUACGUGUGGCCCCGUAUGUGUCCUGAGACAGAAGAGCAGGAGGACGACCACCUGAGCAUCGUGACCCUGGAGGAGGCCCCAUUUGUCAUUGUGGAGAGCGUGGACCCUCUCAGUGGGACCUGCAUGAGGAACACAGUCCCCUGCCAGAAGCGCAUCAUCUCUGAGAAUAAAACAGAUGAAGAGCCAGGUUACAUCAAAAAAUGCUGCAAGGGGUUCUGUAUUGACAUCCUGAAGAAAAUAUCUAAGUCUGUGAAGUUCACCUAUGACCUUUACCUGGUGACCAAUGGAAAGCACGGGAAGAAAAUCAAUGGGACCUGGAAUGGCAUGAUUGGAGAGGUGGUCAUGAAGAGGGCCUACAUGGCGGUGGGAUCGCUCACCAUCAACGAGGAGCGAUCUGAGGUGGUCGACUUCUCUGUGCCCUUCAUCGAGACUGGCAUCAGUGUGAUGGUGUCGCGCAGCAAUGGAACUGUCUCACCUUCUGCCUUCCUGGAGCCAUUCAGUGCUGAUGUGUGGGUGAUGAUGUUCGUGAUGCUGCUCAUUGUCUCUGCCGUGGCCGUCUUCGUCUUUGAGUACUUCAGCCCCGUGGGCUACAACCGGUGCCUCGCUGAUGGCAGAGAGCCGGGAGGCCCAUCUUUCACCAUCGGCAAAGCUAUUUGGUUGCUCUGGGGCCUGGUGUUCAACAACUCCGUGCCCGUCCAGAACCCCAAGGGGACCACAUCCAAGAUCAUGGUGUCCGUGUGGGCCUUCUUCGCUGUCAUCUUCCUGGCCAGCUACACUGCCAACUUAGCUGCCUUCAUGAUCCAAGAGGAGUAUGUGGACCAGGUUUCUGGGCUGAGUGACAAAAAGUUCCAGAGACCAAAUGACUUCUCACCCCCUUUCCGCUUUGGGACUGUGCCCAAUGGCAGCACAGAAAGAAAUAUUCGCAAUAACUAUGCAGAAAUGCAUGCCUACAUGGGAAAGUUCAACCAGAGGGGUGUAGAUGAUGCAUUGCUCUCCCUUAAAACAGGGAAGCUGGAUGCCUUCAUCUAUGAUGCCGCGGUGCUGAACUACAUGGCAGGCAGAGACGAAGGCUGCAAGUUAGUGACUAUUGGCAGUGGGAAGGUCUUUGCCUCGACUGGUUAUGGAAUCGCCAUCCAAAAAGAUUCCGGUUGGAAGCGUCAGAUAGAUCUAGCUAUCCUGCAGCUCUUUGGAGAUGGGGAGAUGGAGGAGCUGGAAGCACUCUGGCUCACCGGCAUUUGCCACAACGAGAAGAAUGAGGUCAUGAGCAGCCAACUGGACAUUGACAACAUGGCUGGAGUCUUCUACAUGCUGGGGGCGGCCAUGGCUCUCAGCCUCAUCACCUUCAUCUGUGAACAUCUUUUCUAUUGGCAGUUCCGACAUUGCUUUAUGGGGGUCUGUUCUGGCAAGCCGGGCAUGGUCUUCUCCAUCAGUAGAGGCAUCUACAGCUGCAUCCACGGCGUGGCCAUCGAGGAGCGGCAGUCGGUGAUGAACUCGCCCACGGCCACCAUGAACAACACGCACUCCAACAUCCUGCGGCUGCUGCGCACGGCCAAGAACAUGGCCAACCUGUCCGGGGUGAACGGCUCCCCGCAGAGCGCGCUGGACUUCAUCCGCCGCGAGUCGUCCGUCUACGACAUCUCCGAGCACCGCCGCAGCUUCACGCACUCGGACUGCAAGUCCUACAACAACCCGCCGUGCGAGGAGAACCUCUUCUCCGACUACAUCAGCGAGGUGGAGAGAACUUUCGGGAACCUGCAGCUCAAGGACAGCAACGUGUACCAGGACCACUACCACCACCACCACCGGCCGCACAGCAUCGCCAGCACCAGCUCCAUCGACGGGCUCUACGACUGCGACAACCCGCCCUUCACCACGCAGCCGCGCUCGCUGGGCAAGAAGCCCCUGGACAUCGGCCUGCCCGCCGCCAAGCACAGCCAGCAGCAGCUCAGCGACCUCUACGGCAAGUUCUCCUUCAAGAGCGACCGCUACGGCGGCCACGACGACCUCAUCCGCUCCGACGUGUCCGACAUCUCCACGCACACGGUCACCUACGGCAACAUCGAGGGCAACGCGGCCAAGCGGCGCAAGCAGCAGUACAAGGACAGCCUCAAGAAGCGGCCGGCCUCGGCCAAGUCCCGGCGCGAGUUCGACGAGAUCGAGCUGGCCUACCGCCGCCGCCCGCCGCGCUCCCCGGACCACAAGCGCUACUUCAGGGACAAGGAGGGGCUGCGGGACUUCUACCUGGACCAGUUCCGCCCCAAGGAGAACUCGCCGCACUGGGAGCACGUGGACCUGACGGACAUCUACAAGGAGCGCGGCGAGGACUUCAAGCGCGACUCGGUGGGCGGCGGCCAGUGCACCAACCGGGCGCACCUCAAGCACCCCGGGGCCGACAAGGUGGGCGGCGUGCCGGCGCCCUGGGAGAAGAACCUGGCCAACGUGGUGGACUGGGACUCGGGCGGCGGCGUGGGCGGCGGCGGCGGCGUGGGCGGCGGCGGCGGCGUGGGCGGCGGCGUGGGCGGCGGCGGCAACUUCUGCCGCAGCUGCCCGUCCAAGCUGCACAGCUACCCGGCCAGCGCGGGCCAGAACUCGGGCCGCCAGGCGUGCAUCCGCUGCGAGGCGUGCAAGAAGGCGGGCAACCUGUACGACAUCAGCGAGGACAACUCCCUGCAGGAGCUGGACCAGCCGGCGGCCCCGGUGGCCGUGCCGGCCAGCGCCGCCGCCACCAAGUACCCCCAGAGCCCCACCAACUCCAAGGCCCAGAAGAAGAACCGCAACAAACUGCGCCGGCAGCACUCGUACGACACCUUCGUGGACCUGCAGAAGGAGGAAGCCGCCCUGGCGCCGCGCAGCGUGAGCCUCAAAGACAAGGGCCGCUUCCUGGACGGCAGCCCCUACGCGCACAUGUUCGAGAUGGGAGGCGGCGACAGCGCCUUUGCCAACAGCAAGUCCUCAGUGCCCACUGCCGGACACCACCACCACAACAACCCCGGCGGCUACAUGCUCAGCAAGUCGCUCUACCCCGACCGGGUCACGCAGAACCCUUUCAUCCCCACUUUCGGGGACGACCAGUGUUUGCUCCACGGCAGCAAAUCCUACUUCUUCAGGCAGCCCACGGCGGCGGGGGUGCCCAAAGGCAGGCCGGACUUCCGCGCCCUGGUCACCAACAAGCCCGUGGUGGCCGCCCUGCACGGGGCGGUGCCCGGCCGCUUCCAGAAAGACAUCUGUAUAGGGAACCAGUCCAACCCCUGUGUGCCUAACAACAAAAACCCCAGGGCUUUCAAUGGCUCCAGCAAUGGGCAUGUUUAUGAGAAACUGUCUAGUAUUGAGUCUGAUGUCUGAGUGAGGGAAGCGAGCGGUUGAAGGUGGGUCUAGGCGGGGAGGGCGGGGGGCCGGG